AUGUCAGCGUCAACGGAAGACCAAUCAACCGCAUCUAAAACUGCUCCUCCUACAUACGACACCGUCACUUCGCCUCCAACCAAAUACCAAAUAACCAUACUUGACAAACGCAGUCGAUCUGAAAUUUUCUCAAAGAUGGACUCUCAUACUAACAUUGACACUGAUACUGGUUCUGGUACUGGUCGAGUAGCCACUAUAUCCCAUUUACACUCUUAUCCCAGUCGAGAUAGGUCAGAUCCACAAAAACUCGAUCAAUACAUACAAUUGACCGAGGUAUCUGACGUUUGUCCAGUCGAAGUGAGAGUGGCUGACCCUCACACCCCCAACGAAGAUCAACUUACUGACAGUGAUGGGAGUAGUAGUAAGAUGAUGAGGGGAAGUAGAAAUCAAAUUGAUCUUGUUGUACCAUUCAAUUUCCACCCUGAGAGUGGCGAUCCAAAUGCGGAUGGAGAUGCAGAUGGAUCGAGGGAAUCAUCAAUCUUUGAUAGUUUCGUAUUGACAGGAUUGACCAAUUCCAUCAAAGACGUUAAAGAGCUAGACGAAUGGAAAGAUCGAGCUCGAUUUGACCUUAUCACGAAUCAAGAUAUGACCAAUAGUGAAUCGAUCCCCAUGAUUUUGGGAGACAUGUUGAACGGCGUGAAAAUCACUGGGUUGAAUUUGGAUCUUUAUAAGGGGGAGGAGAAGGUCAAGAGUUUGGAUAAUUUGGAUGCGAGGGUCAAUGGGAUGACAUUUUUCUGUGGGAAGAUCUCUGAAGGAUCCCUAGAUCAUAUCAUUGGCGAGACCGAAGGAGGUACUGGCAAGAUUCCGACUGAGGCCACUCAAAAUGAUCGUGAUGGGAUCACAAAGGAUUUAGACAAAUUGUCUGUCUCAAAGUGA